UCCACUGCACCAAUGAGAUUUAUUCUAAUAAUAUUUGCUAUUUUGUGGAGUUCGACUUUGAGAAGCGAAUGCCGGCGUUCGAGAUCGAGAUUUACCAACAUGCAAUGCGAAUCCUAUAAUGAUUCUUAUGCUAAAUUUAAUAAGUGUAAACUUAAUUUACUUGGCAGAGGUCGAGUUGGUUGCGACAUUUACUUACAGCUGUUACAAGUUCCUAUAGAUAACGCAUGGAUAAAUUGGUCAAUUUAUCGCCGCUAUAAUGGCUUUCGUCCGUUUUUGUACAAUGUCAGCACGGAUCUCUGCAAGCUUUUAAAACAUCCAAAUUCGGUGUCUUUUGAAGGACUCGUAAUUGGCGCUAUAAUGACCAGGUCCAAUUUGAAUCACUCUUGCCCGUACAGUCACGACAUCAUUUUGGAUAAUCUGGAAUUUUCCGAUGAUUUCCUCAAAACUCUGCCCCUUCCCCAAGGCGUGUAUAAAGUACAACUACGAUUUGCCACAUACAAGGUCUGGAGGGUACAGGUGACUGUAUAUUUUGAAAGAGAAGAAUAAAAAGUUCCAAAUAAAGUGCAGACAGAAUUCAUUUCCACAUAUUCUUUAUAUAUUUAGCAAUUUUCUUUUGAUUACAAAGUUUACGUUCAAUACAAUAAAAAUUUCACAAUUUUCAAAUGCCUAGCUUGUGCAUUUGGCUUUGUUGUCUUUUCUAAUGUAUUGCUGAGUUUAAUGAGAUUGUUGUGCAAAGCAAUGUUAAAUAUGUUUGAUGAACAACGCAUAAAAAUUGUAAACUUUCUUGGCAAUAAAAACUUUGAACACAUCAAAAUCUUCUCAAAAAGUUUAAUUUAUUUAGUGCGCGGUAGGACAGACAAUGUGAUACCACGCCAUUAUAAUAGUAUAUAGUUUAAAUCGUAAAUGCUUUGCUGGCUUACAGUCUAGAACUUGACUUUAUAGCUUAAGUAGUUUUUUGGGAUUGGCGACAAA